AUGACGACUUCAAGAUUAGUGAGGAAGAAAUGCUGCAACAAGAGGCAACGGAUAAGUAAUGAAUCCAUUUCUUCCAACGACAACAUGAAAAACACUGAUCCUAUUGAAUCUACUUAUUCGGUUUCAAUACAAUCACUUCCGAAAGAGUUGUUGGCAAAUGUGUUUGCUAGGGUACUCUCUGAAUCCUUCACUGAUAUUUACAGCAUAAAAAUAUGUUGCAAAGACUUUUAUCUUGUUUCGAAAAACAAGUAUAUGUGGCAACAAAUAUCUUUGGAAAAGCACCAGUUGUAUGGAUGGUCCCUUCGUCAAGAGUUCGAGUCCUUUUUGCAAAGUUGUAAGGAAUGUGGAAAUGUUGAGGGUUUGUACAGAGUAGGAUUGCGAGAAUAUUAUAAGGAUGGGAAUGGUCUCAUAUAUAUAAAAAUGGCAGCAGAAAAGGGUCAUCUUGAAGCAAAAUACGUAUAUGGUAUGAUUCUGUUAUGCUCUCAGGAUGAUGAUUUGAGAAAACAAGGACUCGAGCAUAAGAAAUGCUGCAACAAGAGGCAACACAGUAACGAAUUUUCUUCCAUUCCAACAGAAAAGAUGAAACUCACUGGUGCUACUGAAUCUACCUCUUCAGCUCCAAUAAAGUCACUUCCAAUAAGUACAUGUGGCAGCAAAUUUCUUUGGAUGGAGAGUACGAGUCCUUUCUGCGAAGUUGUAUGA